CACAAAGUCCCAUUUAAUAAUUCAGUCUAUCGUAUCUUUAGUCAAUGAUUAUACAUUAAAAUAUAAAAUAUAAAAAAUUUUAUAAAAUUAAUAUUUAAUGUUCUCUAAUGUUCUUGUAACAAAACAUUAUAUUUGGUAAAAUUAAAAAAAGAUAAUAGAUAUUGAAUGAACAUCUGUACAUAUAUAAAUGUUUCUUUAUGUUUAUAUUUAAUUUAUUUUUAAUGUAAUGUGUUAUUAUACUUAAUAUAUAAUAUUCAUUGUUAAGCAGAAGAUUAAAUUCUGAUACGAGGAUUACAUGCGUAAUUUUGUAGAUUUUCGAACGAAUUUUAUAUUUCUAACCUUAAAUUUUAAUUUAAGGUUAUUAAAAGAAAGUUAAACAUAAAAUAUAAAUAAAUAUAAAUUUUAUUAUAUGUCAUUAUAAUUCAAUAUAAGAAGAACGCCUUUAAUGAUUUUUCAAAGUUGAAUAAAUAUUUAAUUUGAUUUAUUUGUUUUUGAUAAACAUGAUGUAAUUGAAACUACACAACAAUUCAAUGACUAUGUUUUUUUAAUACGAUUUUGUUUCUGUGAUAUUAUCAUGAAUAAUUUAAAAGAUGCACACUGGUUUCCUUUAACGUCACAGGGAAACAUUUAUUCAAUGACUAAAUUAUGCUCCAUCAAUGGUUCUAAUAAAGUAUUGGUGGCUUCUUUGAAAAGAAAAAUAUAUUCUUGUGAAUAUCAUUUGAUGCCAAAUCUACAUUUAAGACCAUUGGUUAAAGAACUACUUUUUACAUAUAUUCCCAGUGGUGCAGAAAUUAUUUCCAUUGAUGCUUACAAUAAGUCUGAUAGUGGUGAUGGAUUUGUAAUAGGAAUAACUAUCUUAAAAGCAAGCACAGAUACAUCUGUAGAAAGAUAUUUAAAUAUAUACACAGAAGGUGCUAUAGACGGUGAGGGAGAUGAAGGAAGUUCGAUUGAAGCUAUAGCACAAAAUUGUCUAAUGGUGGAAUUAGCAUAUACACCAUAUCAUUUAUAUCAUACCAUAUUACCUCAACAAAAUGCUCCUAAUGAGUAACCGGUUGUGAAUGUGGUUUAGUCAAUAUAGCUAUAACUAAUAUUUCAGAAUUAAAGAUUUGCCAAAGUUGGAAAUUGAGAUAUGAUAGACCUAUUUCCAAUGUAUCCAUUUUUUCACUUAAAAAUAAUAUUGAGAAACCUUGUUUCCUUAACUCUAAUAGGAUGUUCUAAAUAACGGGAUGGAUGAAGAUAUAACAUUAAAUGGUAGUGAAACAUCUGAUUGCAUUUUAUGUUCCUGUAUUGCUGACAUAAAUAUGGAUGGUCAAAAUGAAAUACUCUUAGGAACCUAUGGUCAAGAAGUACUUAUUUUUUGUUUCAUAAACGACACAUGGGAAUUGAUCAUUAGAAAAUUGUUUGACGCUCCUGUACAUUCUAUAUGUUAUAUGGAUAUUACUCAUGAUGGAAUGAAAGAACUCAUUGUCCUUACGCAACGAGGAGUACAUAUAUUGCAGGUUGUAAUUUUUAUGUAAUUGAAAUACAUUAUUUGUAUUAAUGAAAUUAUACUGUUAAUGUAAUGUAUAACAAAAUCUGAAAUACACAUAAAUUACAGCAUAACAUCAUGGAUGUCAAAGAUAAAUGGAAAAAACGAUAUAAAAAAAUUUUUAAAGAAAAUAGGAUAGUAUAAUCUUCAAACUGCCAUUUAAAAAGACUCAAUUGAAGCUUAGUCUUCAGGGAUUAAGAAGAGAGUACAAGAAAUGAUAGAGUAUAAAUAAAAUAUUUAUAUAAUAUGGUUGAUAUAUUAUAUAUACAUAUAUACAAGUGAAUAUGUAUAUUAAAAAAGAUGAAAGAAAAUUUAUUUUUAUUAUUAUUACAAUUGUAAAAUCAAAUAAUUUUAAUAAAUACAGUUAAAAAAAUAG